UUCUUAGUGAUCGGAUUAACAGGUGGAAUCGCAUCAGGAAAAUCAACAGUUUCAUCAAUUUUAAAAUCAAACAAGAUACCAAUCAUAGACUUAGAUUUAAUUUCCAGACAAGUUGUAGAACCAGGCACGAAAUCACUUCAACAAAUCCAAUCACAUUUCUCACAUAUCCCCAAUAUAAUUAAUUCAAAUGGUACUCUAAAUCGUGAAAAAUUAGGUUCAAUCAUUUUCGCAAAUCCAACAGAACGUAAAUGGUUAGAUAAAACUUUACAUCCUAAAAUUAGAAGAUUAAUGUUAUUUCAAAUUUGUAAACUUUGGUUAAUGGGUUCUAAAGUUUGUGUGAUUGAUUCUCCUUUAUUAAUUGAAACUGGUAUGUGGAAAUUUUGUGGUAAAGUUAUUUUGGUUUAUUGUUCAGAAGAAAUUCAAUUGGAAAGAUUAAUGUCAAGAAAUCAAUUAGAUAAACCAACAGCACAACAAAAAAUUCAAUCACAAUUACCAUUAAAAUCAAAACUAAUUUAUUCUGAUUAUAUUUUAAAUAAUGAUCACGAUUUAAUUCAAUUAGAAUCAAAAGUGAAAGAUUUAAUUCAAAAUUUAAAUCAAAGUCAUUCCAAGUUACUUUGGAUUUUAAAUUGGUUUUGUUUCCCCUUUACUUUUUUAAAUGGAUUCUUAACUUUAUUGUUUCGUUAUUAUUCUUUUAAGUCUAAACUUUCAUGA